AUGAACAGAAAUGAGAGGCUCCACAUUACUAGCGCCCAAAAUGAAACCAGUGGAAACGAAGAGUUGUUCACGAAUAUUGUAAUGGAAGGUGGUUCCAAGAAAGUCCAGGCUGGCGAACGAAUCAAGAAUAGGGCCGAUCCAAUCAAGUGCACAGACGUAGCGGCUGGAAGUACUUCGCGAGACAAUGUCGACUACCACUCGAAACGAACGAAUCAGCAAUUACAGCCCGAGGGACAAUCCGCAUCUGGCCAGAAAGAUAUCCACUGA